AUGUGUUUUUUCCUACCUAUAAUUGUCCUUCUCGUUGCCCAGAGAAACCGCCGUUCGGAGCUUUCGGUUGACGCUCACUUGAUUGUUCGCAGCCUUGUCACCGGCCGUAAUCAUUCAAUCCUCGUCAUGCUGCUCGCUUCAUUGCCUCGUUUUUGCUUCGACGUCGCAAUUCUAACCGUCAUCCGAACGUCGCUCGAAACUCCGGAUAAUAUUGAACCUUACUAUCAGUUCGUGAGUUUCUUGGCAGCUCCGCUUACUGCCCGUCUUCUACCCGAGUUUAUCGACAUAGUUACCAUGACGUUCGAUCGUCAGUAUAUUCCAAUUCAAGAAUUUGACAACACUUUUGAAAGCUACCAUUUUAUCGACCGUGAUGUAUUGUUCCAACAAAUCUGCAACGACGCCUUCCGCUAUUUUUCCUUGUUUGGAGCUAUAACCGUCAUUUGGCCAUUUUACAAAUAUGACGAAAGCGCAAAAUCACCCAACGUUCUUCGUAAAAAUCUAUGCGUGGCUCUGUUCAUUUCCGCAAUAUUCUCUAUCAUUCUCAACAUUUCGGUAUUGCCGCAGCUCAAUUCGGUCUUGAUCUCAAUUCUGCUCGUCAAUUUCCCAAUGAUCUUCUUGUGCUUGAUCCUGACUUCAAUGAUUAAAAAAUCCCUUGGGCCAUGCAGUUCUCCUAGUGAUUGCAAACGUCGUCAAUUGUUGUGUUCGAUGUUUUCCUAUCUUUUUGUCGCGUUGGCAACUAAUGGAUAUUAUCAAGUUCGGGUCUUUUCUCCAAAUUUCUUCGCUGAAAACCAUAUUAUCUUCUCACCACUUAUCUGCGAUUUUAUUACAUCCGUCGCACUUCUGAUCAGCUUCUUCUUGACUCCAGAAUAUUUGAAAGAAAUCCGAAUCUUCCGUUAUUACGUUAACCGCUUCUGUGCUCACGUCGAUGCUCCAAUGGCAGAGCAUCGAAAGAAAAGUGCCAAAAAGCAGAAAGAUGAGAAGAAGAUUUCAUUGACUAACAAUCUCGAACUUGGAGUUGCUUCACCAGUCUACGCCGACUAA